CGAGGGGGAGAAUAGAAAUUAGAGCUGGAAGCGAGUCGACCCGAGAUCGGGGGCUGCUAAUGCCACAGCGACACGAAGGGCUGAGCUCCGUUGCGAGAUCGUUGCGCUCGACAUGUGGGCUGCAAGCGCAUGGACUGGUGCGAACGAUGCAAGUAUUGGCGAGAAACAGAUGAACGAGGCUGCAGCUGCAGACAGGUGGUUCGCGCCUCGCCGCCUGCAUGACCGACACCUGCGCGCCGGGCUGCCUCGUGUCCUCGCAGCGCCGAGGUUUACAAUGGGGCCCCGGUCCCGAACUGCCCAUCAAGCCGAACGUCAAGCCGAAUUUGUGCCCGAGCCUCAUCUCCCUCCUUCAUCAUAUACUCCGUCACCAUGUCUCCAAUGGCAGCAAUCCUCUCCCUCCCUCUCUCCCCCCUCUGCUCUUCUAUUCUCCCUCUGUCCAACCGUGCUUCAGCUUCAGGCAGCAGCUCUCUCGCAGCUCAGAAUUCUCGCUCAACUCCAGUCUCUAGCAGCAGGUGCCACUCCAUAGUCGUAGACAGGACAUCGUCUUCACCCUCGAGGUUUCUUUGGAAGCAGCACACAGGUCUCAGAAUGAAUACCGAAGGUCUAGCUAAGCGAUCUCGCGACCCUCAGAUCGCCGCCCAGGAGAGGGCGGAGACUGUGAAGAAGACGAGGAACUAUGUGGCGGCGACGAUCAACAAGCCGGGCGUGAAGAGCCUGAUCGUGGCAGUGGCGAUCCCCUUCGUUCUGGGUGCCAUUGACGGGCUGGCGAAUUCUCCCAACACCGAUUGGUACUUUGGGCUCAAGAAGCCGUCGUGGCAGCCUCCGAGCUUCCUGUUUGGUGGGACAUGGAGCAUUCUGUACCCGCUCAUGGGACUGGCCUCGUGGCUCAUUUGGGCCGAGGGAGGCUUCCAGGUACAGGGCAAGGCCUUGACCCUCUACGCUAUUCAAUUAGUUCUGAACCUCGCCUGGCCUGUCAUCUUCUUCGGGAAGCAAAAUCUGGGACUCGCUCUGGUCGAGAUCGUCGCUUUGGUCGUCGCUGUCGCUGCCACUGUCAAGGCCUUCCAACCCGUAAAUCAUGUGGCUGCCAAUUUGAUGAAGCCUUACCUCGGUUGGGUGAUCUUCGCCGCCAUUCUCAAUGCCAACCUCUGGUACAUCAACCGCAACAAUUCCACUGCUGUCGUAGAACAGCCCCAUGCAGAGUAAAUUGUGCUCGAUCAUUUUGGCAGGAGCUGCAGCAGCAGCAGCAGCAGCCGCAAGUGGAUCUACACAUUAGGUUGGGUUUACAACAGCCAAAGUUCAAUAACGGAGCGUUUGUAGGAAGCUGUGGCGGAAGUGAGAUUAUCGAUCACAGCAGCACGUUCGUAGUCAAUUGGAUCUUGUACAUAGUGUAAUAUCUGAUCACGGAGGAGGAGGUAUUUAGGUUGACUGAUCGAGAUGGGUGGACGGAUGGUGGGAUAGUGUGUUAAUAUUUUUCCAGUGUAAAAUUUCAGUCCCGGCAGAUGACUACAUUACCGAACUCUGAAACUGAACUCGAUUCGUAAACCUAGAGAUCUCAAUUCUUCGAGGCUCGUGUAGUGGGACUCGAGCCAAUGUGAUACUUCUCUGUACUUUUUUAACGACGUCUUUCUCAC